AUGCUCUUAACGGUAAGGACAACAUGGUCAAUAGCUUUUACCGCGAAGCUGGCCAUGUCUGACAAUAUUCGGUCGUACUUUGGGAACCGAGUGUAGUUGCAGAGACAUUGUCCCCGCCGCAGUCGGAGGCGUCGUGAGGGUGAUCUGUGGUGGGGUUAAAGUGAAACUCAACUGGCCUUUCGUCUGAGUUUCUUCACUACGCAUGCAAUAUUGGUGUAGAUCUGCAAAAUUGAAUCGCAUUCGCGAUUUGCGAGGGUAUUCACAUAACUUGCUCUGGCCUUAGGUCUUCGUGGAACUUGAACCCUGCCAUAACACUUCGCACUUUUGGCUAUCUCUACUUGCCUGCCUUCCUCAGGGUAGCGUGCUCCUCUGGCCCCUACGACUUCUUCCUCAGACAAAACCACGUUUGUCGUACAUCGGUCUUUACCUACCAGGACCGCAGUAUGGCGGAGUCGCCGAAUCCGGUUACUUUCUUCGAUGUCACCCUCGGCGGUGAACCGCUCGGCCGCAUCAAGAUGGAAGUCUUUGCAGACAUUGUCCCAAGGACGGCCGAGAACUUCCGGCAGUAUUGCACAGGUGAAACCAAGAAUCACCUCGGCGUACCGCAAGGCUACAAGGGGGCCAAGUUUCACCGAGUGAUUAAGGACUUCAUGAUCCAAGGUGGCGACUUUCUGAAUGGCAACGGCACGGGUUCAGCGAGCAUCUACGGAACGAAGAGCUUCGCGGACGAGAACUUCAAGCUUAAACACGAUAGUCCUGGGCUGCUGUCAAUGGCGAACUCUGGACCUGACACAAACGGCUGUCAAUUCUUCAUCACUACUGUGCCCGUUCCCUUCCUAAACAAUAAACACGUCGUCUUCGGCAAGGUUAUUGAUGGCCUUGAUGUAGUGAAGAAGAUAGAAAACGUACGGACGCGCGACGAUAAGCCGGUUCAAGACGUCGUUAUUGCGCAAUGUGGCGAGAUGUGAACAUCUCCCGCUCGCUCAGGCCCGCCGUAUACAUUUCCCACAAGUAGCCGAGCAAUUGUGUGGAUGAGCUGGUUGGCUUGGACGAAGCCGUCAGUGUCCUAGCCAAGAUGCCGUCGCAGAUGCAGCGGUAGGCUAAGUAACGGCUUCUGAAAGGCAACUUCUUGAAAGGUGGUUGGAAAAAGCAGAUUUGAAAAUGAGAAGCGAAGUUUGCACGGGUAUCAAACCA